CAAAUUCUUACACUACGGCACUACCUCAAGACUUGCAGCCUAAGCCACACUGAGGUCAAAGUAGUGUUUCAGUUGGCUGACCAUCGAGUUAAAGGCAGCUGUCAACUUUGUUGAUGUGUUCCUCCCACCUCCUCAUAGGCUGUUGCACCUCAGUCGUCUUGAUAGGCGAGUCCACUAAGCUAUAAGUAGACAAUGACGAGGGCGAGCUCAGUCGGACAGUGGACCCUAAAUACUGACAUACAUCAAAAACAGUCUUUUAAAAUGGACGACAUCAAGACUAAAACAAUCGAGGCAAAUGGCGAUAAAAUUUCGGUCACGAAUUCUACGUCAGGUUCAAAGCCUGUUUGUGGUGGAUGUCUUAGGCUCUUACACAGCUGGGUACCCAUCGACUACAAAGAAGAAAUCGUGCAACUUUCAACAUUAGCAGGACCUGUGAUCGUCGCACAGCUUAUGAUCUUUAUGAUCAGCUUCAUCAGUACGGUCUUCUGCGGACAUUUGGGGAAGAUUGAACUGGCAGCAGUGUCUCUGGCUAUAGCUGUGAUAAAUGUUACGGGGAUUUCUAUUGGAUCUGGACUAGCGUCUGCUUGUGACACGCUGAUAUCUCAGACAUUUGGGAGCAGUAACCUGAAGGGAGUUGGGGUCAUUCUGCAGAGGGGGAUUCUCAUUCUGCUGUUGGCAUGUUUUCCAUGCUGGGCUGUCCUCAUAAAUACUGAGUGCAUCCUUCUGGCUGUGAAGCAGAAUCCAGAGGUGGCCAGGCUCUCACAGCUGUAUGUGGAGAUAUUUAUGCCUGCACUUCCAGCUGCAUUCAUGUAUCAGCUGCAGGCACGAUAUCUGCAGAAUCAGGGUAUAAUUUGGCCCCAGGUCAUCUCAGGAUUAGCAGGCAAUGUUGUGAAUGCAGUGGCCCACUACAUAUUUCUGUAUGUGCUGGAGCUGGGAGUGGCCGGAUCAGCGGCUUCCAACACAAUCUCCCAGUUCUCAUUGGCUGUGUUCCUGUUUGUCUACAUUCACUGGAAGGGCCUUCACAAGACCACCUGGGAAGGUUGGUCUAAUCAAUGUCUGCAAGAAUGGGACACCUUCAUCCAUCUGGCCGUUCCUAGCAUGUUUAUGCUCUGUCUGGAAUGGUGGACCUACGAGAUUGGAGGAUUCCUGGCAGGACUGAUCAGUGAAGUAGAGCUGGGAGCACAGGCUAUAGCAUAUCAGAUAGGCGUCAUUGCAUACAUGUUCCCUCUAGGGUUUUCUGUAGCUGCCAGUGUACGCGUGGGCAACGCUCUAGGUGCUGGGAAGACUGCUCAGGCCAAGCUGUCCAGUAAGGUCGCUCUACUCUGUGCUGUUGUGGUCUCAUUUUUUGUGGCUUUAAUCAUGGGGAAUCUGAAGGAUGUAAUCGGAUAUAUUUUCACAAAUGAGACAGAGAUUGUGGUCAGGGUAAAGGAUGUCAUGUUGAUAUAUGCCUGCUUCCACCUCUUUGACUGCGUAGCGGGUGUAACGGGAGGCGUUGUGAGGGGGGCCGGGAAGCAGGCCAUUGGGGCCCUUUGUAACCUGGUGGGAUACUACUUCAUAGGCCUUCCCAUCGGAGCAUCCUUGAUGUUUGCUGCAAAUUUGGGGAUCAUAGGGCUGUGGACGGGUUUCAUGUUGUGUGUGAUCAUGCAGUGUGUGUUCUUCAUCACAUUCCUGGUGAAACUCAAUUGGAAGAAGGCCACUGAAGAAGCGCAGGUUCGUGCUGGGGUGCAGCCCCCUCCCUGUGCACAGGAGGGUGCAGAGCAGGGCCAUCCACUGGAUAAACUGGACUCCUCCCUGGCCCUAACUGUGGAGGCCCAGGAGACUGAGGGGCUCCCUGGGGAGAGCUGUAAGGACCUGGAGAAGCGGAGUGUGGGGCUGGGGGAGGGUGAGGGCGGGGCUCAGCAGGCUCGCGCCACAGUGGCCGUGGUGCUGUCUUUCAGGCAGCUGCUCCUGCGACGGACGCUGGCCACGUUUGGAAUGCUGCUCCUCUUGGCAGCGGGAAUCGUUUGCAGCAUCCUGCUCCCCCGUCUCCUCAAGUAAGGAGUCGAAGCCGGGCCGGGCCUUGUUCCUCCAAGACUUGCAUCCGAGAACGCGACUACGAAACUGACAGCUUGAAGGAUCCAAAGGGUUAACUUAUCAAAACAUUCUUGAAUUCUGACAGAAGAUCACUGGGUUGUCUUCAUUCACAAAGUUGGGGAUGGGAAAAGUCUGAAAGGUGGUGAUCAAGUUGAACUUGCCAUCUGCAGGCAACUCAGUGUCCUAUUACCUUUUUAAAAAGUGUUUUUUAAAUGCUGUUUUUAUUGAUUUUUUUAAAUUUUUUUCCAUUUGUUCUUACAUUGAAGAAUGCAUUUGCCAUUAAUGACUGGCAUGUAGAAAAUUCUGUGAGACUGUAAUGGCUUAUUAAAAUGAAAGCCAGAAAA